UCUUGAGGCGCAACGGAUUUGCUAUAUCUAGUUUAUUUUUUUUGUUGGAACACGUGCGCGCCAAGUGAGGAACAAGCGGUCACUGGACAAGCAAUAGCAAUUACCGGACAACUACCCACAGCCAGGAUGAACACCAACAACUUCCUCCCACUGAACAUACGAAGGCUCCAGCAGCGGGCGCACGUGGAGACCCCGGACACAGUCUACUGGGAGCGCCUGGCGAAACCGGAACAGCUUAAGGAGCACAACACCAUCGACUACGUGGACUUCAGUCCCAGCGAGCCAGACAACUUUGUGGUGACCUGCUCGGUGCGCGUGCAAAUCUACAAUUUGGUGACCAAACUGGUGGUGAAGAAUCUCUCGAGGUUUCAAAAGACCGCCUAUGGAGCCACAUUUAGGCAGGAUGGCCGACUGCUAGCCGCCGGCGACGAAGAGGGUCAUGUUAAGCUCUUCGACACCACCAACCGGAGUAUCCUGCGCCUCUUCAAGGGACACACAGCGCCGGUGCAUCGAACCUUCUUCACGGCGGAUAAACAGCAACUGGCUAGCUUUGGCGAUGACAAGACGGUGCGAAUGUGGGAUGUGGCCAACGAGAAGGUGGUACAGACAUACGAGGAUUCGCACACGGACUACAUCCGGGCAGGUGCCAUGCAUCCGCAGGCGGGGUACAUGUUCGUUUCCGGCGGCUACGACGGCAAGAUCAAUCUGUACGAUACGCGACAGGAGACGGCAGUGGUGCGCACCCUGAAUCACGGGGCUCCCGUGGAGUCCAUGCUCUUCCUGCCCAAUGGAGGGAUCUUUGUCAGCGCCGGCGGCACCCAGGUGCGCGUGUGGGACAUGAUCAGCGGCUGCCGGCUGCUGACAAUGAUGUCGCAGCACCACAAGACUGUCACCUGCCUGCGUCUGGGAUCUGAUGGUCGGCGCUUGUUCUCCGGCGGAUUGGAUCGGCACGUAAAGAUCUACGAUGUGAGCACGUACAAGACGGUACACACACUGAACUAUCCGAAUGCCGUUGUCAGCCUGGCCGUGUCGUCCGGGGAUCAGGCUGUCAUAGCCGGCAUGGUCGAUGGAUUGAUCUCGAUUCGCCGGAUGAUGGUGGAAAGCAAGCCGAGUCACCUGAAAAAGAUCCGUGCGGAUAGGGCGCGGAAGCAGCAGCAAAAGAAAAUGGCCGCCGAACCCGACGUCCCUGCCCAACCGGUGGAUCAUGUCAUCAAGGACAAAAUCAAGGGGACAGGCCUAAAAACCUACGAUGUGCAUCUGCGUCAGUUCAGUCACAAAAAGGCUCUCGACGAUGUGAUGCAGCCCCAAAAGAUGGAAAAGCAGCCCGAGCUAGUGGUGGCCGUAAUUAUAGACCUGCUUCACCGACGCUCCCUGGACAAGGCUUUAAUUGGUCGCCCCGAGCCCGUGCUCAUCCAGUUUAUCGAUUUUUUGUGCACACACCUGAGCGAGUCGCGGUUUAUGAGGCCGCUGAUGAAUGCCUCCAGCACAUUAUUGGAUGUCUUCGAACGGCAGCUGGUGGCCUGCAGUCCCCAGCUUAUCAAGGCUUUGAAACGCCUGGCGGCAGCUGUCCAAGCGGAAAUCCAGCUAACCGCCGAGCUGAUGCAGCUCAAGGGGGCCAUGGACAUGCUCAUUGGCAUCUCAAUGGAUGGCGACGAUGUGCCGCGCAAGCCGCCCGCCUAUGUCAAGGAGGUCAAGGCACCAAGAAUGCUGCCCUCCAAGGCCGCAGAUAGGUACACGGUCUUUGUGGAUUGAUCUUUACUCACGAACCUUCGCACAUUUAGCCAAUGAAGAAGGAUCUGGAAGGAAGAGAGUCGUAGGUUAAGCGAAAAUAAACUAGCUUAUUUAAGUCGUAGGAACCCAAUGUAAGUGCAAAGUCAAUAAAGUGUAAAUAGGUCUGCAAAUUGAUGAA